CCUCCUAGCCAGCUGCCGGGGAUGGAGGGCUUCAUGGACUCAGGGACACAGACGGAUGCCGUGGUGGUGCUGUCCUUGGCUCAGGCUGCUGUACUGGGCCUGGUCUCAGAAAAUGAGCUCUUUGGAGCCACCAUAAGCGCCGAGGCCUUCUACCCGGACCUGGGACCAGAUCUGUCUGGGGCGGCUCUAGGGGAGCCCGGGCCACCAGGACCCGAUGUCUACCAGCUGGCCUGCAACGGCAGGGCCCUGGAAGAGCCAGCAGAGGAGGAGGUGCUGGAGGUGGAGGCAGCCUUUGAGAAGCACACACGUCGGAAGACACGGCCCCCUGUGCGGCUGGUGCCCAAGGUCAAGUUUGAGAAGGUGGAGGAGGAAGAGGAGCAGGAGGUCUAUGAGGUUUCGGUGCCUGGUGACGACAAGGAUGCAGGCCCAGCCGAGGCCCCUGCUGAGGUGGCCGGUGGCGGCUGCGAAGCCCUGGUGCAGAGCAGCGCCGUCAAGAUGAUCGACCUCAGCGCCUUCAGCCGCAAGCCCCGGACGCUCCGGCACCUGCCGCGAACUCCGAGGCCGGAGCUGGAUGUGGCCCCGUACCACCCUCACUUCCCCGACCCGGCCCGAGACGGCUUCCCCGAGCCCAGCAUGGCGCUGCCUGGGCCAGAGGCCCUGCCCGCCGAGUGUGGGUUCGAGCCGCCCCACCUGGCCCCCCUGAGCGACCCCGAAGCCCCCACCAUGGCGUCCCCGGAGCCUGUCAAGCCAGAGCAGGGCUUCGUGUGGCAGGAGGCCGGCGAGUUUGAGGCCGACGCGGCAGGCUCGACAGUGGAGCGCCACAAGAAGGCCCAGCUGGAUCGGCUGGACAUCAACGUGCAGAUCGACGACUCCUACCUGGUGGAGGCAGGCGACCGCCAGAAGCGCUGGCAGUGCCGCAUGUGCGAGAAGUCCUACACGUCCAAGUACAACCUGGUGACGCACAUCCUGGGCCACAACGGCAUCAAGCCGCACUCGUGCCCGCACUGCAGCAAGCUCUUCAAGCAGCCCAGCCACCUGCAGACGCACCUGCUGACGCACCAGGGCACGCGGCCGCACAAGUGCCAGGUGUGCCACAAGGCCUUCACGCAGACCAGCCACCUCAAGCGCCACAUGCUGCUGCACUCCGAGGUCAAGCCCUACAGCUGCCACUUCUGCGGCCGUGGCUUUGCCUACCCCAGCGAGCUCAAGGCCCACGAAGUGAAACAUGAGAGCGGCCGCUGCCACGUCUGCGUGGAAUGCGGCCUGGACUUCUCCACCCUGACCCAGCUCAAGCGCCACCUGGCCUCCCACCAGGGCCCCACCCUCUACCAGUGCCUCGAGUGUGACAAGUCCUUCCACUACCGCAGCCAGCUGCAGAAUCACAUGCUGAAGCACCAGAACGUGCGGCCCUUUGUGUGCACCGAGUGCGGCAUGGAGUUCAGCCAGAUCCACCACCUCAAGCAGCACUCGCUCACCCACAAGGGCGUGAAGGAGUUCAAGUGCGAGGUGUGUGGCCGGGAGUUCACACUGCAGGCGAACAUGAAGCGGCACAUGCUGAUCCACACCAGCGUCCGGCCCUACCAGUGCCACAUCUGCUUCAAGACCUUUGUGCAGAAGCAGACCCUCAAGACCCACAUGAUUGUACACUCACCCGUGAAGCCAUUCAAGUGCAAGGUGUGCGGGAAGUCCUUCAACCGCAUGUACAACCUGCUGGGCCACAUGCACCUGCACGCUGGCAGCAAGCCCUUCAAGUGCCCCUACUGCUCCAGCAAGUUCAACCUCAAGGGCAACCUGAGCCGGCACAUGAAGGUCAAGCAUGGCGUCAUGGACAUCGGCCUGGACAGCCAAGACCCCAUGAUGGAGCUGGCAGGCACUGACCCCUCUGAGCUCGAUAGCCAGCAGGAGAUGGAGGACUUCGAGGAGAGCGCCUACACUUACACCGGUGUGGACAGCGGUGCCGAGGCUAGCGCCCUCACCGAGCAGGCCAUGAAGGAGAUGGCCUACUACAAUGUGCUAUAGCGGGAGCCGGGCCACCCAGCACAGGGGAGGAGGCCUGGGGGAGUGGGGGUGAGACCCGGGUGCUGCAGGCCACGCCUCCUGCAGCCAGAAACAAGCUACUGCCCCACUGUCCCCAGUCCUCCCUCCCCGUCAUUUGCACCACUAGGGACCUUUACAGACCAAAUGGAGACUGUACUACUGGCCUUGCUGGGAGCCAGGUGUGGGCCCAGGCAUCCCUGCAAGGAAAGGGUAACCAGGAGGCCUCCUCCGCGUCUCUGGCCUGCUGCUGUGGGCAGGAGGGAGAAAGGCGCAGGCUGGCAGGGUGUCUCAGGCCACCUCGGGCCCAGAACUCUCCACAGGUCCAGGACUGCAGGAAGAGAUCCCGUGAGCCAGGCCUGUUUCUUUCCUGGACCAACUCCUGCCUCUAGGGAUGCCUGAGCUCCUCCCCCACUGGUCAGCACUGCCCACCCCACCUGCCCAGGCCAGAAGUCCCCUUCCCCGUCUUGUCACCAGACAGCCAGGCAGGGCACUCUGCCUUCUACCUCCUUGGCGUGCGUGUGGCCCUGGCCUGCAGGAAAGCCAGAGGAGCCCAGCCCCCAGCUAGUGCCCUCCCAGAUGGCCCCCAGAAGACCCCCUGUCCUACAGCCCUGUUUGGAAGUGAGUGCCCCUGAAGUGAAUCGUGACAAAUAUUCUGUCCUGGGCUAGGGCACCACAUCAGGGACCCCACCAAACAAAAUGUAGACACACCUGUGUUAGGCACACUCUAACAAAGACACAGAGGAUGGGCAGGGUGAAGACUUCACUGGGGACCAAGAGGGACUGUCCUCAAGGGAGGCCAAGGGCCACCUGUGGGAGAAGGAGACUAAAGUAGUUUCUUAUGAACAGGUGUGCAUUUUGAAGGUGGGGUUAGCCAAGAGUCCUCAGGCUCCUAGGAAAGAGUAACAUAUUUAAAAAGGAAAAUGAAGACCAUAGAGGGAGAUUUU